CUUAGCAGCACUCAGAGAAUAAUCAUUUCAGCUUUAGGCGUUCCUCUGUCCAUCAUCGCAUUUUUGGGGAAUUUUCUUAUCAUUUCCGUUCUUUGCAAAGUGUCUUCCCUACACCCGCCGUCGAAACUUUUGCUGGGUUGCCUUGCAUGCACAGAUCUGGGUGUGGGCCUCAUCGUGCAUCCUCUUCGCAGUGGAUUUUAUUUGUUAUUAGAAAACUCUAAGGGUUGUUACUACUUUUUCAUCGUUUAUAAUUUCACGGGGUUUAUAUUUGCUGGCGUAUCUUUGUCAACAACGACCGCAAUAAGUGUCGACAGACUUCUCGCUUUGUUAUUGGGGCUGAGAUACAAGCAAGUUGUAACUGUGAGGAGAGUAAGGACCCUUAUAGCC